ACUAAUACUAAAAUAUUUUAUUAAAUUAUUUAAAAAUUAGAAGAUGGGUAGAAUUUUAAAAAGAAUAUUUAAAGGAAAAGAAUAUAGAAUUAUUUUUUGUGGACUUGAUUUCGCAGGAAAGUCAAGUCUCCUUUACAAAAUGAAAUUUGAUUUAAUUACCACCAUUGACCCAACCAUUGGAUUCAACGUCGAGAAAAUCCAUAGAAAUAAAAAGAAAUAUAAAAUUUGGGAUUUAGGUGGCCAAUAUAAUCUAAGACAACUUUGGAAAUACUAUUUCCUAAACUGCAAUGCCCUAGUAUUCGUAAUCGACUCCUCGGACCGUGAGCGUAUAGACGAAGCCAAAGAAGAAUUUGAUAAACUUAUGACCCAAGACGAACUCAAAGGAAUUUCAUUUCUUAUAUAUGCCAACAAACAAGAUAUCAACGGUGCAAUGUCCUGUGAUGAAAUUAUAAACAAAUUAAGUCUACACAAAUUAAACGAUAGAAAAUGGCACAUCCAGCCACUAGUAGCGAUCAGGGGCGAUGGCAUUGAAGAAGGUUUAGAUUGGAUAUCAAGAUCAGUAUAAAAAAAAUAAAAAAAAAUCUUGUAAAAUUAAAAAAAAAGAAAAUAUUGUAAAACUAAAUAAAAUUAAAAAAAAAAGUUAAAUUUUUGAUUAAUUUAAUUUUAAAUUUAAAUUU